AUGGACUCUUACGUUUUGUCAUUCUCCGUUCCAGAUCCAUCUCCUCCACCUUCGGAAGAGACAGCUCUUUAUGCAAGCAAAUGUGAUUUUUACGGAAAAAUUCCUUACGAAUGCAUUAGAACAACCGCCGAAUUGCGCUGUACCGAGGCUCAGUCCAUUUAUCCCGUUACGAUUAAUCUGCAUGCAAAGCACAAAACUCCAGACAUAAGUGUUUCUCGUAAUGAGAUAGUAAUCGUCAUCGCGGGCGCUUAUGAAUGUGUAUAUUCAGCCAAAAUAUACAUUCUCCAGGCUCUUCCAAAGCUUAUAACUAGCCGCAUUUUGCUUGACGAGCCUCUCGAAAACCUCUUAUUUGAUGAAGAAGGGUUCAUGUACGAAGACACAAUAAAGCAUUUUAAUACAAUCUCAGAACUGACCGGAGCCAAACUAUACCUUAUUCACAGAUCACUAAGUAGUGGAAUAGAGGCUGAAGUAAGCACAGGUCGUGGGUUUAGUUAUCGUCUAAACGAACAAGAAAGCUUCCGACAAAAGCAUUUGGAGUUUACACGUUUAGAAUGUGGGAGAGAAGAAGAAGCUGAUAGCUCUUAUUUUGUCGUCUUCUACGGUGAUUACUGUAGCGUUGAGCAUGCUCGUAUUCGAUUUUUAACUCUUCUUGAUGAACUUCGCGGUCUUUCAAUUUUAAGUAUUCCCAUCUCCGCUUCUUUUCAACCAAUUCUUAUGGGAAAGGCGUAUUCCAGCUCUGCAGGGCUUAAAGCUACCGAAACGAUGAACAUAUAUACACUUCCGUUCUUUUCUGAUAUGCUACCACGAUUGCCAAAUAUGCCAAAACUGAAUUCAUCAAAAUUGAUUAUUGCUGGUGAAUCAGAGAGCUUGAAGCGUUUGGAAGAAGCGUUCUAUUAUGCUGAAGAGCAUUUGAAGGUCUUCACUCACAUUAUGGAAGUUUCUUUCACGAAGCUUAUUGAAUUCUUAACGAAUGAAGUUGACGAACUCCGACUUAUUAUGGAAGAAAAUUCUUCUUUUCUAAGAUUUCCUGAUUACUUUAAGGAGGGGAAGGGCUCAUGCACAGAAAAUUCGCAGAUCAAGAUUUAUUCCUCAACACUUGUCAAUGCAGAAAAAACGGCUCUUCGUUUGGCAAAAUUAUCAAGCAAGUAUGUCGAAGGAAGAACAAAGUUUGACGUCCACGACAACGAGGAAUUUUUGCGAAAGAAAGAUUCUUGGAAAGACUUACCAUUUCUUGAAAGGAAUGCGUAUAGUUCAAAAUCAUCCUCUGCCACUUCGCUCGUGAGUUCUUCUACGGAAGGUAACAUUAUCUCAACGAAAUCACCAAGUAAGCUAGUGGUACCACCUACGGAAUACAUGCUUCAAUUGGCAAUUAUUUCUAUGGCUUCUGGAGUAGAGAUGCUCUUAAUGAGCAAUGAAAUUACUUUUUCUGGUCAGGAGAACACCACUCCUGUUGCUAUGGAAAAAGCAAGCAAGGUUUUCCACAAGCUCGGAUCUUCCCAAUGGCAUCAAAUCCUUCUUGACGCACCAAGCAAAGACCUUGACUUCAUAUCUGGAAAGAAAAAUGGGAAAUUGGACAAAGUUAAACAGCAGUGCAAGUUCAAUUAUCGGAACGGUGAUAUCAUUUUCUGUCCGAUGUCUUCAACUAUAUUCACAGUCGACAUUUAUGGAGAUGAAUUGGAAAGAGUUAUCAAGGGAAUGAAUACUAUGCUUCUUGAGUUUCCCGCGGAAAUGCACUUUUUUAUUCCAGAAGAGAUACACAAGAAACUAAUUGGUUUCCGCGGAGAGCAAAUUCAAAGAGUGACGAAGCUAUACAACAGUUAUAUAGAGUUUUCGACCACUCCCUUCGAUUGUUAUGGACACAAUGUCCUUAUUCGAACACCUUCGAAGUUUUCCGAGAAUUUAUGGGCAGUACGGUCUUUGUUUGUCAAGACUGCGGAAGGUUUGGGUUACGGCGUUCCUAAAUACUUAUAUGCUGUUCAAGUAUAG